AUUAGGCCGAACAAAGUGGAAAGAGAGAGAGAGAGAUGCAGUACAGUAUAUGUGUACAGUACAGGGAGCAGAGGGGAGAAGAAGAGAGAGGGGGGAGUGAAAAAGAGUUUGGCACUUGGACGGAGAGCACGUCUCCCCCUCUUCUCCCUUUGGCUUUAAAAUGUGAAACAGCCCUUUGAAGAGGAAGAGAGGGGGGCAGUCCCGUACUCCCAUCCAGCCUGGACAGUGGGGAACGUUUAGUGUGUGCCGACGCUAACACUGAUACCAGACACAACACAGAGUCAGAGAGCCAGCUGAGGACCUGACAGAAGACAGGCAUGAACGACAUCAAGCUGGCCUUGCUGGGCAGCGAGGGGGCCGGGAAGUCAGCUGUCCUUGUGCGUUUCCUGACCAGGCGCUUCAUCGGUGAAUACGCCUCCAACACCAAUUCUCUCUACCACAAAAGGCUGUCGAUCGACGGCCGACAGCUGAACCUGGAAGUUUUCGACCCUUGCUCUCAGAGCUCGGAGACCAGGUGUAUCCUGGAGGAGCCCGUGGACUGGGCCGACGGCUUUGUGGUCGUCUACAACAUCAGUGACCGCACUUCCUUCAUCAAUGCCGAGAACAUCCUGCGGCAGAUCAGGGAAGCUCGCGUGGACAGCUGUAAAGGGGAGAUGGAGGUUCCUGUGUGUCUGGUGGGGAACAAGCAGGACCUGUGUCACGUGCGGCAGGUGUACGAGGAGGAGGGCCGCUGCCUGGCACAGGAGAACCACUGCACCUUCCAGGAAGUCUCGGCGGCCGAGAGCUACCAGGAUAUCGCCAACCUCUUUACACGACUGAUCCGACAGACGAUGGAGCACCUGAAGUACAGGGCAGACCGACGUCGCUACAGCGGCUCGAAGUCUAUGGCCAAACUCAUCAACAACGUGUUUGGGAAGAGAAGGAAGUCGGUUUGACGUACUGUGGAGACGGGGACAAUCGGUGAUGAUGGGACCGGUCGUGACCUCACACCGUUGAGCAGUGAGUGCCAACAGUUGAACGUUUGGUUCAAACACCAACUCCGUGCUCACAGCACUGGUCUUGUACAAACAUGUAUUCAGUGGUUUUUGUUAGUAUGCGGAAAUAUUUUGUUGUUUUUAAAGAGUGCGGCAGAGGGUUCUCAACCUGGGGUCUAACGAAAAUGAAAGCAUUCUGUAAGGCUGUCAGAAUGUACGUGUUACAGCGAUAAUAAUUAUUCAUAAUAUACAGUUUUCCAUCCUCCUCCAUUACCAGCUGUUGACAU